UCUAUGCUCGUCAAAUAAUGAUCUGCAUCAAGACUGAAUAUUUUAAUCUCAAUCGUAUUCUCUUAUUCGCAAUCGGCUUAUGGCCAUAUCAGAGAUCAAAAUUUGUUCGACUCUACACAAUCUUGUGCUUUGGUAUUUUGGUAAGCUUUGUUAUAUUACAGCUCACAGCGUUUGCAACUGUAAAAUGCACUUUUGAUUUAAUCAUAAAAGUUUUAUGUGUCACAAUAUUCUUUACUAUCACCGUAAUUAAAUACAACAUGUUUUGGAUUAAUACUUAUCGUAUGAAAAAUUUAUUGGAGCAACUACAAUACAUUUUUAAUGAGUUAAAAGAUGAAAACGAAAUUGCUAUCUUUAUGAAAUAUGGAAAUAACGCAAAACGUUGUACAGCUAUAAUUACAUCGUUCACCAUUUGCAGUAUAUUUAUUGCGACUUUAAUACCAGUUUGGCCACAAAUUUUUGAUAUUGUUUUACACAAAAAUGAAUCUCAACCACAUCCGACAAUACAACUCGUGCCUCAGUAUUUCAAUCAAGAAAAAUAUUACUACUUAAUUUUACUCCAUACAAACGUAGUUAUUUGUAUAGGAGCAACUACGUUGGCAGCAACAGGAGCAAUGCUUUUAGGAUGUGUUAUAUGCGGAUGUGGAUUAUUUCAAGUUGCGAGUUAUCGCAUCGAACAAACAAUGACCAUUAAAAUGCUCAAAAAUGUUCAUCUAAAAAAUCAGACUAUAAUUUAUAAGGAAAUAAUUUAUGCUAUCGAAAUUCAUCACAAGGCUAUAAAGUUUACCGAAUUUUUCAUGUCUACUAUUAAAGAUUCCUUUUUGUUUAUAAUAAUAAUUGCUGUAAUUUCUUUAAGUCUGAAUAUUUUUGGAAUUUUUCGGGAUGCAGCGCAUGGAAAUAAAGCAGGAUUUUUAUUACACGUAUUAGGUUUAUGUGUUCUUUUAGUAUAUAUGUUUAUAACUAACUAUGCCGGACAAGAAAUUACAAAUCACAAUAAUUAUGUAUACUCCACUGUCUACAAUAGUAAGUGGUACAUAGCACCAUUACACGCACAAAAGUUGAUACUCUUUAUGUUGCAAAGAGGCAAUAAAGCUUUCCAUUUGAAUAUCGGCGGACUGAUUGUGGCAUCCUUAGAGUGUUUCACCACGUUACUGAAAACAUCAAUGUCCUACUUUACUGUUAUGAAUUCUAUGCGGGAAUAAUGCAAAGAUACGUUAUCUGUAGAUACAAGUUGGCUAAAUAUAAAUCGGUAUAAUGUUUGAUGGGGUAUAUUGACGGCACCAUUACACGCACAAAAAUGAUACUUUUCAUUUAACAAAGAGGUAGUAAAAUUUUCGAUCUAAAUAUAUCAAGUU